AUGAGCGUAUUCCGCCUCGCGCGACUUACCAGGCCAGCUACCAUUGUUCGCUUUCCCGGGAAGAUCACCACACGAGCUCGUUCAGUGUGUUCCGCGAGAAACAUGUCGCAAGAAACUGUCCUGAUUCCUUACUCGUCACGUUUGAACACCGGUCGUGCAUUGGCUCAAGAUGUAUGGUCGAUAUUCAAUCCUGUCAAUCUGCCGCCGGAUAAUAUCAACCUAGGGCAAGGCUUCAUGAACUUCUCUCCGCCCCAAUUCGUCUUGGACGCAGCUAUCGAGGCGCUGGGGACGACAGCCGCAAACCAUUACUCUCAUCCCAAAGGAAGGAUACGCCUUCGCCAGGCAAUAAAGAACUUCUACGGCCCGUCUUUCAAUAAGAAGGAUCUUGAUGUCGAAAACGAAAUUCUCGUCACCAGCGGCGCAAAUGAGGGAAUGCUGGCUGUCUGGACCGCUUUUCUUGAACAGGGCGACGAGGUUAUUUUAUUUGAGCCAUUCUUCGAUCAAUACCUCUCGAACAUCACAUUCAACGGAGGCGUGCCUGUCUAUGUUCCCUUGCACCCUCGGACCAACGCAGACGACCCUGUGGAGGUUGACUGGCACAUAGAUUUCGAGGAACUGAAACGCGCGAUAACCCUUCGCACCAAAAUUAUCGUCCUAAACACACCCCAUAACCCUGUUGGGAAGGUAUUUUCAAAGCAAGAGCUGGAAGGCAUCGCCGCUCUCGCCAGGGAGCACAACCUUAUGGUGAUGUCUGACGAAGUGUAUGACCUGCUGACGUUCGAUGGGAAUGAGCAUGUACGCAUUGCCAACCUCCCUGGCAUGUGGGAACGAACUGUUACGAUCCUUUCCGCGGGAAAGGCCUUCGCCGCCACUGGUUGGCGUAUUGGGUAUCUCAUUGGGCCUCCGUCCAUCAUAAAGCCCACGCUCGCCGCCACCACGCGCAUCGUGUUCUCAUGCAAUUCGCCGAUGCAGGAGGCCGCAGCUGCCGGACUUGAGCAGGCUAACGAAAGAGGUUUCUUCGAGAAACAGCGCGCCGAAUAUGCCGAGAGGCGCGCCGUACUCCUUGAUGCCUUCGGUAGACUUGGACUGAAGUACACGGCACCACAAGGCACGUACUUCGCGCUUCUGGAUAUAUCAUCACUCCGUAUACCCGAAAACUACUCUUUUCCCAAGAUGCUAGAAGGCAGAGGGAAAGACUUCAAAGCUUGCUGGUUCAUGGCCCAUGAAGUCGGGGUUUCCGCAAUUCCCGUCAGCGAGUUCUAUUGUGAUGAGCAUCGCGGUAUCGGUGAAGCAUACGCCCGCUUCGCGUUCUGUAAGGACGUAGACACGCUGAAGCAGGCCGCUGAACGCUUGCAGCGAUUGAAGGAAUAUUUAUAG